AUGUUUCGAUCCAUUCCUCGGUCUGCCCGCAGCACGAGAAAUUCCGCUCCUGGUCGACGCCGAAUAUCUCAGAGCAAGACGAAUGCUCACGAACAUCCCCCUCCUCCACCUCGGCCUCGUCCUCGUCCUCCGCUGCCGCCGACUGAUGAACAAGCAGCCCUGAGAGGGCGCUUCGAACGGUUUAUAGAUCGCACACCGCGAUUCCUCCGACGCGGCCUAGAUGGACUACGUCGAGCCCCAGUCUCGCAUGCUACUGCAUUCUUCAUUUUACACGAGAUUACCGCGAUUAUCCCACUCUUCGGACUGGCUUCAGCUUUUCACUACUGGCAAUGGCUGCCACCAUAUUUUGCCGAAGGAGCGUGGGUCGUUGACGGCGUGGAGCGGUUUGGAAGGUAUUUUCGCAAGAAAGGCUGGAUCAGUGCAAACGACGAGGAGGAAGUUGAAGAACAGACCAAAGACGGCCAGGCGACACGGUUCGAGAAGAAAGAUGGCGUAACCAAAUGGUUCGGACGGGGGGAGAGUGCCACUCGAUGGGUUGUCGAGUUGGCCAGUGCCUAUGCUAUUGUAAAGGUCCUGUUACCCGUCCGCAUAUUUCUGAGCGUAUGGGGUGCUCCGUGGUUUGCCAGGCUUGCGGUUAUCCCUGUUGGAAACGCUGCGAGAUCAUUGUUUCGCGGGAAGAAGUCGUGA